AUGGCUUCUACGGUGGAUUCCGAUUACUUCUCAUCCGCUCCAGCUCUCCAGAGUAACCUCGGAAUUCUGUCUCCUGAUCAGAUUGAAUUGGCCAAGAUUUUGUUGGACAAUGGUCAGAGUCAUCUCUUCCUGCACUGGCCUGAACUCGGGGUCUGUGACAAAGAGAAACUAAGCUUUUUCGAUCAGAUUGCUCGGCUAAAUUCAAGCUAUCCUGGGGGUUUAGCAGCAUACAUUAAGACUGCGAAAGAGCUCCUUGCGGAUUCUAAAGCAGGGAAGAACCCGUACGAUGGCUUCUCUCCUUCUGUCCCUUCAGGUGAAAAUCUUACUUUUGGCGAUGAUAACUUCAUCGAAAUGGAGAAAAGAGGUGUCGCUGAAGCUAGGAAAGCUGCUUUUGUUCUUGUUGCUGGUGGCCUUGGCGAACGUCUUGGUUAUAAUGGAAUCAAGGUGGCACUUCCAAGGGAGACAACUACAGGGACAUGCUUCUUGCAGCACUACAUUGAAUCUAUAUUGGCUCUUCAAGAAGCUAGCCACAAGAUCGCUUCUGAUGGAAGUCAGAGAGAUAUUCCAUUCGUUAUCAUGACAUCUGAUGAUACCCAUUCACGUACACAAGAGCUGCUAGAGUUAAACUUUUAUUUUGGUAUGAAAUCUAGUCAAGUGCAUCUUCUAAAACAGGAAAAAGUCGCAUGUCUUGAUGAUAAUGAUGCUAGGCUUGCAUUAGACCCUCACAACAAAUACAUGAUCCAGACAAAACCACAUGGACAUGGUGAUGUACAUUCGCUUCUUUAUUCCAGUGGUCUUCUUGAUAAAUGGCUUGACGCUGGUUUGAAAUGGGUUUUGUUUUUCCAAGAUACAAAUGGACUUCUCUUCAAUGCAAUUCCAGCUUCUUUGGGUGUGAGUGCUACCAAACAGUAUCAUGUUAACUCUCUUGCUGUUCCCCGCAAGGCGAAAGAAGCUAUUGGAGGAAUUACUAAGCUUACCCACGCUGAUGGCAGAUCUAUGGUGAUCAAUGUGGAGUACAAUCAACUUGAUCCUCUACUUAGAGCAACUGGUUUCCCCGAUGGGGAUGUUAAUUGUGAGACAGGCUAUUCCCCUUUCCCGGGAAAUAUUAAUCAAUUGAUUAUGGAACUUGGUCCAUACAAAGAGGAGUUGCAAAAAACUGGAGGGGCCAUUAAGGAGUUUGUUAAUCCAAAAUACAAGGAUAGCACCAAAACAUCAUUUAAAUCUUCAACUCGUCUAGAGUGUAUGAUGCAAGAUUAUCCAAAGACACUGCCGCCAACUGCACGGGUUGGAUUCACGGUGAUGGAUAUAUGGCUUGCUUAUGCACCUGUCAAGAAUAAUCCCGAGGAUGCUGCUAAGGUACCAAAGGGGAACCCGUAUCACAGUGCAACUUCUGGAGAAAUGGCGAUUUAUCGUGCCAACAGUCUUAUUCUUCAAAAGGCUGGUGUCAAAGUAGAAGAGCCUGUGAAGCAGGUCUUGAACGGCCAAGAAGUUGAAGUUUGGUCUCGUAUCACAUGGAAACCAAAAUGGGGAAUGAUCUUCUCUGAUAUCAAAACGAAAGUCAGCGGGAACUGCGAGGUCUCUCAGAGAUCCACGAUGGCAAUUAUGGGUCGCAACGUGUUUAUCGAAGAUCUCUCCUUGGACGGUGCUCUUAUUGUCGAUUCCAUUGAUGAUGCAGAGGUUAUACUGGGAGGUGUGAUCAAGAACAAUGGUUGGACUAUGGAAAAUGUAGAUUACAAAGACACAUCGGUUCCAGAGGAAAUCAGAAUCAGAGGUUUUAGAUUCAAUAAAGUGGAGCAACUCGAAAAGAAGUUUACUCAACCUGGAAAAUAUUCUGUGGAAGAUUAA